AAUAGUACUUAUAGCAAUUUGUUUGUUUUCUUUUUCAGACACUGGUAUCUGAAUGGUAACUACUUGGUCCUUAUGGUGUCUUUGAUCAUAAUUCUUCCAUUGUCUCUUCUGAAGAACCUUGGUUAUCUGGGCUAUACCAGUGGACUGUCUCUUCUUUGCAUGUUGUUCUUUCUAAUCGUUGUGAUUCACAAAAGCACUCAUAUCCCUUGUCCAUUGCCUGAUCUGGAGCAAGGUCUCGAGAAUGCAACCUUGAAUGCUACCUUAAUGAUGACAGCAACAGCUGCAUAUAAAACAGUUACAAGUGGAUCUGAUGCUGCUUUAACACACAAUGCAACAGAUGAGGGCACCUGCAAACCAAAGUAUUUUAUCUUCAAUUCACAGACUGUCUAUGCUGUACCAAUUCUGACAUUUGCAUUUGUCUGCCAUCCCGCUGUUCUUCCCAUCUAUGAAGAACUGAAAGACCGGUCCCGCAAGAAAAUGCAGAGGGUUUCCAAUGUUUCAUUUCUGUUUAUAUUUGUUAUGUACCUGAUGGCUGCUCUCUUUGGUUACUUGACCUUCAAUGAAAAUGUUGAGCCAGAAUUGCUUCAUACUUAUUCAAAAGUAUACCGAUUUGAUGUUGUCCUCCUUAUUGUUCGACUGGCUGUGCUCGUAGCUGUCAUUCUGACAGUACCAGUUGUUCUAUUUCCAAUUCGUACCUCUGUUCAGCAGCUGCUAUUUUCAAGCAAAGAAUUUAGUUGGAUACGUCACACUAUAAUCACCUUUAUAAUUCUGGGUUCCAUUAAUUGCCUGGUGAUCUCUGUUCCUACCAUUCGGGAUAUCUUUGGGUUCAUAGGUUCCUCUGCUGCUUCUAUGUUAAUUUUCAUUCUGCCUUCUGCGUUUUACCUGAAACUUGUAAAGAAAGAGCCUAUGAAAUCAAUGCAGAAGAUUGGGGUAUGUACCAAAUUGAUGAUUAGAGUGCGUUGAACAAGUGUGUUUGAUAAAAGCAAACAUCUGAGAUAAGUAGAUUCCCUGCAGAUGCUGGAGAUCUGAAACAAAAAUAGAAAGUGCUGGAGAAACUCAGCAGGUGCGCCAUUCUCUGUGGAGAGAUAAACAGAAUUAAUGGUUUGAGUCCUGUGUUCUGAAGAACUUGAAACGUUAACUCUGCUUUUUCUCCACUGAUGAUGCCAGACCUGCUGGAGUUUCUCCAGCAUUUUCCGUGUUGGAUUUCCUGAUGUCCUUAAAUUUUUACUGCCUUUUUUCACCAUUGCAUAUUAGCAGCAAGUGAUAUGUCUUCUGAAGGAUAUCAUAAAUUGCUCUUACAUUAUCCAAGAAGUUGAGAGAAGUAAGGGAAAAUGUAAUGAGGUGGGUAUUGGGAGGCCAGUCAUGACCACCUUAUAGCUCUGUCAAAUUUAAUUUCACCCAAUAAAAACCAAAAAAACUGCGAAUGCUGUAAAUCAGGAACAAAAACAAAGUUGCUGGAAAAGCUCAGCAG